GGAUUCAACUACAGAAACGCGUCUAUGGGUAUGGGUUUUGGCCGCCACCACAACUUAAGCACCCCCUAACCAUAACCAAACACUCCUAACAUGUAUAUAUAUGUGUGUGCAUAAGGGAGUGUGUGAAUAUGAACUUUGGUCAACUUCUUUGCAUAUCGCCAAUUUGAUUCCUUCGCAGCAUUUAUAAAGGUCACACCUUUGGGGCAAUUUGGAAAAGCAAGUGCAAGAAGAACAAGAAGAAGAAGAAGAUUAGAAGAUUCCUUGUUUCAGCCAAGCACAGAGCUUUGUUCUGUCUAAUUCUUUGCUCUGUUUUUCAUUUUUUAGUACAAAAUACACAUCCUACACAAUUGUUGGUUCCAAAGCAAUGGUUGUUGUUGCUCCAUUAUCAUCUUGGCCAUGGGAGAACUUGGGGUCGCUCAAGUAUUUGCUUUAUGGGCCGUUGCUUGCAAAUGGGUUCUACUCGUUAUAUCAAGACGGGAACAUCUUACAAAAUUGGUGCCUCCAUAUUCUUUUGCUCUCUUUACUCAGAAUGGGAAUUCAUGUCGCUUGGAGCUCUUACAGCAACAUGCUUUUCUUGACCAGAAACCGACGGAUUAUUCAACAAGGUGUUGAUUUCAAGCAGAUUGAUAUGGAAUGGGAGUGGGAUAAUUUUUUGAUACUUCAAAGUUUAAUGGCUUCCAUGAUGGUGUACCUGUUCCCUUGGCUUGGAAAUCUACCCCUUUGGAACACAAAAGGGUUAAUUGCAAUUCUGAUACUUCAUGUGGGAAUUGCAGAGCCAUUGUUUUACAUGUUCCAUAGAUUCUUCCAUACCCAUUACCUUUUUACUCAUUACCAUUCGCUUCACCAUUCUUCUCCAGUCCCACAGUCCUUCACAGCUGGAAAUGCGACAUUUCUAGAACAUCUUGCGUGGAGUUUGGUAAUUGGAGCGCCAAUUCUUGGAACAAGUCUUCUGGGUUAUGGAUCAACGAUCAUGAUCUUCUGCUACGUUUUGGUGUUUGAUUUCCUCAGAUGCUUAGGGCUUUCCAAUGUCGAAAUUGUACCACAUCGGCUGUUUGAAGCAGUCCCAAUUCUUCGAUAUCUUCUCUACACUCCCACGUACCAUACUCUUCACCGUACAGAGAAGGGGAGCAAUUUCUGCCUCUUCAUGCCUCUCUUUGAUGCCAUUGGAAACACAGUCCAUAAGAACUCAUGGGAAUUGCAUAAAGAGAUGAGCUCAAAAGCGGGAAAGAAUGGGAAGGUGCCUGACUUCGUAUUUCUAGCCCAUGUGGUGGAUAUUACUUCAUCAAUGCAUGCGCCAUUUGUGUCAAGAUUUUUCGCUUCACGUCCCUUUGUUACAAAGCUGUCCUUGUUUCCAUUAUGGCCCAUUGCCUUCAUAGUGAUGCUUGUCAUGUGGGGACGCUCAAAACCCUUCCUUUAUAGCUUCUACAAUCUUAGAGAUUGGCUUCAUCAGACAUGGGCUGUUCCAAGAUUUGGGUUUCAGUAUUUCUUGCCAUUUGCAAGAGAAGGCAUCAACAAUCACAUAGAAGAAGCAAUUCUGAGAGCUGACAAGCUAGGGGUUAAGGUCAUCAGCCUUGCUGCACUAAAUAAGAAUGAAGCUUUGAAUGGUGGAGGAACACUUUUUGUGGAGAAGCAUCCAGAUCUUAGGGUAAGAGUUGUGCAUGGAAAUACCCUAACAGCUGCAGUGAUUCUUAAUGAAAUUCCAAAGGAUGUUAAGGAAGUUUUUCUAACCGGCGCAACUUCCAAGCUCGGACGAGCCAUUGCUCUCUACCUUUGUCGGAGGAAAGUUCGAGUCCUUAUGCUUACACUUGCAACCGAGAGAUUUGAGAAAAUACAAAAGGAAGCCCCUACGGAGUGUCAAAGCUACUUGGUUCAGGUAACCAAGUACCAAGCUGCCCGCAACUGCAAGACAUGGAUCGUGGGGAAGUGGAUCACUCCAAGAGAGCAGAGUUGGGCCCCAAGUGGUACUCACUUUCAUCAAUUUGUAGUCCCUCCCAUAUUGGCUUUUAGAAGAGAUUGCACCUACGGCGACCUAGCUGCCAUGCGAUUGCCCGACGAUGUACAAGGCCUAGGCAACUGCGAGUAUACGAUGAGCCGAGGAGUGGUACAUGCAUGUCAUGCAGGCGGGGUGGUGCACCACUUGGAAGGCUGGACGCACCAUGAAGUUGGGGCAUUGGACGUGGACAGAAUUGACCUGGUUUGGGAGGCAGCUCUAAAACAUGGCCUAAAACCAAUCUCCUCCAAAUAAAAAAUGUUACCCUUUGAUCCUCUCACUGCAAUGAAGAAAGUAACAUGGAUGCAUUUCACCAUAUUGCAAAGCCCUUUUUUGUUCUUUGCAUCAUGUUACUAUAUAUAUAUGUGUGUGUAUGGUUUGACAACAUAAUUAAAGAAAGCAGUAUCUGAUUGCCAUGCAAUGGCUUAGACUCCAAA